CGUUAAUCGUAUGUUACACACUAUUGUGAAUGAUAUAUUAUCGGAUUACAUCCAAAAUAUCAACAGAAUGUAUCUCAACAUCGGUGGAAUGAGCCCAGAAGAAAGAAGACGUUCCCGCGAAACAAAUGCAGAAGCCACAAUUGAAGCCAUCAUUUCAACGUUGGUUACUGAAGUAACUGAUCUUGGUCAAAAUAAUCAAAGUACUGGUUGUCGUGUAUGCUCGUUUAGGAAUCACAUUAUCAGUUAUGAAAUUAUUGUAGCAUAAGAGCAGAUGAAGGCGUGUGAUUGCGCAGACUUCCAGUUUAACGGAACCGCUUGCAAACACAUAUAUCUUUCGAAAGGACUUUAUAGAAAUCUGCUUAUCUUCGAGAAUAUGACUUCUGAAAUACAAUCCACGGGCUUACCAGUCAUUGUUAAGGAGGCUUCACUGUCUCAAGGUGGUCAAGUUGUCGGUUUCACUAAUCUAACAGCCUCCAUUCGAACUUCAAGGGAAUAGUCGCAUUAGUGAAGAACAAUUUACAAAUUUUAAUACAAAUAUAAAAAAUAUCUUCAAUAUACUACAAACUAACAACAAUACACAUCCCAAUAUCAACCUGCGAAUACAUCGUAGCUAAACAAGCGUUACAAGUAGCAAAUGAUAUAAACAACCUAAAAAAAUUUCCUUCUCAAAAGAAAAAAAAAA